AUGUUUUCAAAAUAUGAUUUUCUGAAGGAUGUCAGUCCUGCCAAGGAGGAUUGGAGGAUUAAGGUGAAGGUGGUUCGGGCUUGGAAAGUUCCUAACUUUCAACGUAAUAAUUUUUACGACAAUGUUGAAAUGGUUUUGAUGGAUGAACAGGGUGGUCGGAUCCAUGCCACUGUCAAGGGUUCUUUGCAGGUGUGGAAGAAAAUCCAUGAAGGAGAGUGUUAUUUUAUAAAAAAAUUUGGAGUUGGAUUCAAUAGCGAUAUUUUCAGGCCAACCAGGCAUCAGUAUCAUUUGUCUUUCAACUUGAGGACUGAUGUUAAAUCGAUUGUUGAUUCUAAUCUUUCUGCGAGUGGAUUUGAUUUAUUUGAUUAUGAAAUCAUUGAGAAAGAAUCAUCUGACUCUCCUUAUUUAGUGGACGUCAUUGGUUUACUAUCAGGAAUUGGGGAAGUUUGUGAUCGUGUGGUUUCUGGUAAGAAAACCAAAAUGGUGGUGUUGGAGCUUGACAACAUGAGGGGUCACAAGCUGGAGUGCACUUUGUGGGAGCAUUAUGUGGAUGAGGUGCAAUCUUUUUUGGCAAACAGCGACACUCCUCAUAACAUCAUAAUAGUUCAACUGGAAAGGAUAAAAUGUUUUAGGGGUAAGGUCGGGUUAACAAAUACAAAAUAUACAACAAGGAUUAUCAUGGAUUCAAAAGUGCCAGAGAUCGUUGAGUUCAAACAAUGUCUUUCAACCGAUGGUGUGGAGAGCAGUUGGAGGUUGACUCAGUUGUCUACUCAAUCCUCAUAUUCUUUCGAAAAUGAUUUUCUUAAGGAGACUGAAAGAAAGUUUAUCAGUGAUGUUAAGCUUUGUUCUGUGGUAACAACGUGCAUCAUGUAUGGGACUAUAAAAUGCAUUGAGAGCAAAUACAACUGGUGGUACAAGUCUUGCAAGAAAUGUCCAUUUUCCGUUUGUGAGGAUUUUGAGAAGUGGUACUGUAAGAAUUGUCUAAAACAUUGGGCAAAUUAUUAUCCAAGAUUUAGUGUUCAAGUCAGAGUUGUGGACAACACAGAUUCUGCUUCGUUUCUUUUGUUUGAUCGAGACUGUGUUUCUUUGUUGGGAAUGAGUCCUGGUGAAUUGCGCGAGCUGCAUUUCAAGAGGGGUUCGGAUUUGGAUCAAUUUCCAGAAGAGUUAAAUGUUCUGAAUGAGAAGUCAAUGCUUUUCAGGAUAAAUGUGAAACAAAAGGAUUUGAACACAUACAGUGAGCCCAAAUAUCAAGUUUCUAAAAUUUGUAACAGCGACGACAUCAUCUCAGCGUUCAUUAAGUCUCUGAUCGAUCCAAAUGAUGAAGCAAAUUUCGAUAAUGCUCACGAAAAUGAAAUUGUAUCGUCGGAACCAGAAAAGGCUGCGGAUGUUGAGAGUCAGACCUGUGAUAGUGCUGACGUUGGUGAUGUUUCUCUGACUAUGUUGACACCGAUGAUCAAUUCUCAUGAUUCCAUUACUGAAGAAUUUAAUUUUUCAGCUGUUCGGACUGCAAAAAAAAUAAAGCUUGAGAAAGAGUUACGUUAUUUCUAA